CACGAUGCAGCUGCACCUGCACGUGGACCAGUCUCCGUGGACAAUUUGCUUUAGACUCAAAGCUCGGCGAGCGCUUCAAAUGAAACGACGUAAAAGGGUGGGAGGGUUAGAUGGCCCGGUCGGACUGCUCAGGCCUCGUUGUUGUCUGCUUCGGCCACGCUCUAGCACAGCCUACUGAGUGGACGUGAAAUGCAGAAGAGCGCUCUGCGCCAAUUACGCAGCGGCGUACAUCUUUUGCUCAGGAGAUGACUGAUUUUCAUCCAGGAUUUGCAGAUGGGAUGCUAGCACAUGCGAAUUGCAGCCAUCUCCAUCGUCGGAAAGGUGACACCAAUCAAAAUGGAAGAACGAAGGUGCGGGUCCGCGAGGCGCGGCCCGUGUCUUACCUCUGCCUGCUUCUCUUGAUUGCGCGCGCGUGGACGGCGGAUCUUUACCGUCUAUAGCUACACACAGCCGCAGUGCUCGCAUGGACCAAAGUGUUCCGUCUUCCGUUCAGUCACGAGUCUCAAACACCGCAGAGGCGUACAUAGCACGCCCCGCGAACGAACAGAUUCGUCGUGAGUUCAAAGAUAAAGAGGCCAGCAGCAUAUAUGUGCCUCGAUCACCUUCGAGCUGCGCGCAGCAUCAGCAAUCGUGAGUCCCAACCGCGAAUUUUCGCGAAUCGUGAUGGUCAAUUCUGAUUCGCAGUUUUGAAUCAUGCAUUUCACUGGUGUGGAAUCGCUCUGAAUACUUACUUGACUUGGAUUCGCGCCGAACACGCCGUUGUAGUCGUGACGAAUUGGUAGAAGUCGCGUGGAACUUCAGGCUUCACGAAGGGCGAUCCGGAACGACGCUUUGGCAGUCUUUCUUCUCAGCUAGGGUCCUCUCGAAGCGGGCUUCGUUCGCGAAGCUCAGAGGCAAGAGGAUGGCGGACUUGUGGGUAUCUGUCCCUGGCUACUGUACGUCUCAGCAGGAUGCAGCAAACGCGAAAGGUGCUAGCUGGUACACUCACGACUGUAUCACGAGCUGCAGAGCUGCAAGUGAUGAUCGAGGAAUACAGGCAGGCGGCAGGGGCCAAUCCAGCUCUUCUCCUAUUCUUACGAACACCGAUGCCCUCACUCACGAUCGGUGACUCGCUGACUCUACAAGAUGAUGUAUGUAUCGCUCAUACAAGCACGGACCACUCGGGUCAUGAGAAUCGAGUACAACUAACUCAAGACUCACACGCCGUCGCUGAAUGAACGCGAGUUAGGCGGCUGCGGGCUAGCUGGCGCUUCAAGGGACCCUUCGUAAUCGUGUACACGUCUCCGGGCGGCUCGGAUACGAACGCAUGCUGGUGGAUGGACCGGCACAGUCAGGAGGAAGUUCAUGCAUUCCCAAUGACCCGCAAGCUUUUGGCGGAGCGCCCAUGCAAAUGAGCGCGUUCGGGCAUGAGGCAGACUGAUAUCGUGUAGGGCGCAACCGUUGCAUGUACGGUAACUACAGUAUAAUUUUGAUUCUGAUUGGUACCGCGUCUGCAGGCGUAGUCUCCUCGGAGACUUCCCUCGGCAAUCUUUGAUUGUCACAGCCAUGCAACAGCAACGGCCUAUCAAUCAAAAAUCGCGAAUGCGAUUUAGCUACGCAUCCCUGUCUGAUGACUGUUGCAUGGGCACGCACGUUCGACUGGACGAGCUCUCGUCUUUUGCUCACUGUAGCUGCCCCGACGAUCGCCAAAGUCUCUGUAACGGUGGAAAUUGAAUAGAGCGUGAAAAGGAUGUGUUUCCGACGCUCGCGGCCAAGCCCCUGAUCGAGCAGAUGAG